CUUGAAAUUUGAAACCUCGUCCACCUCUGGCUUAACAUCCGCGUUUAAGCAAUAGCGAGCUGCACUACACUGCUCGGAAUGGCGGAUUCGCAAGUUGUCUGCGGCAUACUCGAUGAAAUGACCACUAGUAUGGCAUCAGUGCGAGACUUGAUGCAUUCCCUCAAAGAAAAAUUAAAAACUUCGGAUGAGAUGGAUAUGAAGGACGGCAUAUCUUUGCUUUCCCUCAAACACCACCUGCUUCUGUCGUACUUGCAGUCGCUUGUUCUGGUUUCUGCACGCCGAAUAACUGGGGACUCGUUAACAGAGAGAACACCAGCCAGUUCUCCUUUCAGUACUAUGGAUCGAGAGGCGCGAGGCCCAGGUGCUGGUGAUCUGGUCGACUCUAUGAUUGAGGGUCGUAUUGUACUCGAAAAAAUAAAAGUCCUGGAAAGCAGGAUGCGAUACCAGAUCGAAAAGCUCGUCAGAGUUGCUGAAGAAGUGCCGUCGGGCAAAGACGUAGCUGAAGAUCCCCUCGCCUUCCGCCCUAAUCCCAAAAAUCUCGUCGAUAACGAGCAACGCUCCGACGAGGACCACGAUGCCGCUUCAGAUGUUGAAGAUCCCGAUGGAAUCUACCGCCCUCCCAAGCUCGCACCCAUGCCCUAUACAGAAGCCGCGGCUGACAAGCGUUCUAAAAGGCAGCCUGUCCCCAAGGCACUUUCUACCCUCCUCCAUCAAGAUCCUUCGCGCCCACACAUCGAAGGCACAUCUGGUCUUGGCUCCAUGCCUGCCCUCGCGUCCGACCGCGCCCGCGAGAUCCAGCGUAUAAAGGACUUCGAGGAGGAGAACUUCACUCGGCUGAUCAUGAAGAAGAAAGAUGCGCGUAGGCGGCGCAAAGAUGAAGAGGAUUUGGCGCUCGGAGGUACGGGUGCUGGGAAGGGUAGGAAGCGAGGUCGGGGCCUGGAAGAUGAGUUCGCGGAUGUGCUGCGCUCAGUCGGGCGUACGAAGAAGGGGGUGCUUGGCGAUGGAUACGAGGAGCUGAGGCAAAGGGGUAAGAAAGCUGAUGCACUAUCGAGAUCCCGAACGACAUGGAAGGGGGAUCGUGAGGGCGCAGAUGAUGACGGGCCGCAACCAAAGAAAAAGACAAGGUUCGAGAAGGAACGGACGACUCUACACAAGAAAAUGAAAACAAGAAAGAGAUAGUUCGUCCUUCGAAGUUCCUGUCACGUUACGUACAAAUGCCAUUGACCUGGAACGUUUCGAAUCCUCCCAUAGACUCUCAAUCGUUCCCCUCGCAAGUUUUUUUCGCUAUUAGCCGAGAGGUAUGCUCUCCACGUACGCCACUCAAAUUCAAAUUGGCGUGCUAUGUAACAUUACUUAUUAUUGAGCUCGAGAACGAGCUCGGGCACGGCAUGAGUCCGGCGCUCGGUCGAGCAUACCUAGCUUUCCAGUGACCACGCCAGCACAUGGGGGCACCAGUCGGCGAUGCAAACCAUUACAAGCCACGAAGUCGGAAUAGCGUACCCUGAGUGAUUUGUACAGGGGAUGUUCUGUGUAUGGGAUAUCACGUCUAUGGGAGCAUUGACACUAUCUAGUUCAACGUUGGUUGCUCAAAUUUGCACUGUACUUGCUGUAGAAGAACGCUAGUAAUCUACUUAUGUACUGAGAGAC